CUUGGAGGCAGCGGGAGCAUGGCGGCGUUGGGUCUGGUUUUGCGGUUUGGUGCCGGUUUUACAGGGAGAACGACGACGGCGGGAUGUGCGUACUCAGCCGCCAGAUCCUUCUGUGUUAUCAGUGGCAACAAAAACCGCUCUAUUCACCGGCUCCUGGACAGAGGGCGGUCGGAGGGUUUGGGAAGGCCCCAAGUCGCAACCAGCCGCAUUGGUGCCCAGGUUAACCUUACAUGCAGUCAACAUUUUGGUUCAGAUGGAAGCACUGGGGAGGAGCGACUGAUUUACACUGGAAACUUGGCCAAGGCAGUAUUUAGUGUGAAGUUCUUCUCUUACUCCACCAGCAUUUUUAGUUGUUGUACGAUGCCUUAUGUCAUUCUGCACUCUGGCCUUGGAAUUCAGAGCCCUGCGUUACAAGCAGCAUUCUGUGGCAUAAUUGGAUUCUUUACUUUUUUAAAUCCUGUGGUAUUGCAUCUCCUCACUAAAGGUUACGUGAUUCGCCUAUAUCACAAUGCGGAAACUGACAAUUACACUGCAGUCACUUACAACGCCCUCCUCCAACAGAAGAAAACCGUUUUCCAUCAAAAGGAUAUAGAAGUUCCUGGAGUCAGCAAGAUGUUCACCACAUUCUAUGCAAAUAAGAAGUCAAUGUUAGUAAAUCCAGUGCUUUUCUGGCAUCCAAAUGAUUAUAAUCAUCUUAUGGGUUACGAUCGACCCUUUUCCUUUGAUUUGGACGAUUUACAAAAGUGAUAAUGAAAUGAGAUCGGGGUGAAGAGGUUGUGUGUACAGUUUUUUUACAUAGUAAAAUUAUUUAAUCAUCUGAAAUUAGUAAUGCUUUUUAGAUUUAUACACUUAAAAGUUACUGUAUUAAAAAAAUGUAAAUGUUAGAGAUCUGAAAUGCAAAUGAAGUAUCAAAAUGCACAGUAGGUUCAACAGCUUUGAUGCUAUGGAUUCAUGGAGCUUCAUCAGAAUCAUUGCUCAGGAGAAUUCUGGUAUUUGACCUGCUGAAUUUUUGUUUUCAAUUUUAGCUUUGUUUCUAAUAUGCUUAAAUGGUAUUUGUGAAUUAUUCUUAAAUGUACCGCAGCAAAUGAAGUUGCUCAAUAGGAAUUGCUUGUAUCAUUUGAGAAUGAUUAUUUCUUUUUCAACUUUAAUAUCCUCCACAUUGUGUUUUGUAGGAUCAAUAAUAAAAUGUACUUGGACCUCUGCAAUUAUUACUGAAUAGGAGGACCAAAAGAGAGAUUCCAUUAGAUGUCUUUUGAUUUUGUAAGGAUGUGUCUGUUAGAACUUAAUGGUAGAGGAGCAACUCUUCAUCUCACUGUUCCCAUACUACUUUCAUUCUUUCUGAUCUUGGAAUAGGUUCUAUACAAAAGUGUAGGGUUCAAAACUGUAGGCUUGUGAUAGAAGCCUAAUUUGUUGUGUUGUUCCUUUUCAUGCCUUGUCCAUUGGGUUGCAUUUUUACCAUUUCCGUAGCAUUUUGACUUUUUUUAUGAGGCCAGGUUGCUAGCUUGACACUCAACCCAGCAUGGAUGGAAAGUGUGCAAGGAGCUGGACAGAUUCGAAUUUGGGACCAUUCACCUCGAAGUUCAGUGCUGUUGCCACUGCCCUUCCUAACUUGCUAAUCUACAAAAUAGUAAGAAAUUGCUUCAAAGGAACCUUCUUUGGCUUGCAUAAACUAUUGAUAUUACUUAAUGUGUAUGUUUGUAAAAUACCAACUUUAUCCAAAGUACAAGUCCAGAUAACCUAACUAAUGUUCACCCAUUCAUAAAUUUGCAAUGCACAGUAUUUGCUGCUUAAGUAAAUGUCUACAGUACUGCCAGGCUUGAGUUCAUUGAAACCUUUCAAAUGUUGAAAGGCUUUAUUAGCGUGGAUGUGAAGAGGCUGAUUCCUAUGGUGUGGGAGUCUAAGACCGGAGGACACAACCUCAGAAUAGAGGGACGUCUGUUUAAAAUUUAGGUAAGGAGGAAUUUCUUUAGCCAGAGAAUGGUGAAUCUAUAGAAUUCACGGCCAUAAUGGCUGUGGAGGCCAAUUCAUUGGGUAUAUUUAAGGCAGAGGUUGAUAGAUUCUUAAUUAGUCAAGGCAUGAAGCGAUAUGGGGAGAAGGCUGGAGUCUGGGGUUGAGAGGGAAAUGGAUGAGAUGGUGGAGCAGACUCUAGUGGUGGCAGGCUGACUAAGUGGUGGACUCUGCAUCAUUUGCUGAUUGCUGUAAUGCAGGAAAGGUCAUGUGACCAGCUUUAAUGCAGGGUUUCAUGUGGUACCCUUCUGGUUGCAGCUUUCUGUUUUGUCUUAGUUGUCAGACAAGUUCAGGGUGUUACCCUAUAACAUGUUUAAUAUUCAUUUGAUAUUUAACCAAAGCCUUCUGGAAUUUAAUAAAACAAGUAUGAAAACCGGUUUAUCCUUUUCUGCGAGUUAGAAACACCAAGUCCCAACAAUUUAGUUAAACAUGUUUUCAUCAUGUGACUCCAAGUUGACUUUGUCCAAUCUUAUUAUUAUCUACUAUGUGCCCGCUUAUCAUUUCCCUAAUAGAGGUGUUUUCCUUGAUACUGCUGUUAGGUGAUGUGGGCACGUGGCCAAGUGGUUAAGGCAUUCGACUAGCGAUCUGAAGGUCGUGAGUUCGAGCCCCAGCCGAGGCAGUGAGUUGUGUUGUUGAGCAAGGCACUUAAUCACACAGCGCUCUGCGACGACACUGGUGCCAAGCUAUAUGGGUCCUAAUGCCCUUCCCUUGGACAACAUCGGUGUCGUGGAGAGGGGAGACUUGCAGCAUGGGCAACUGCCAGUCUUCCAUACAACCUUGCCCAGGCCUGCGCCCUGGAGAGUGAAGACUUUUCAGGCGCGAUCCAUGGUUUCGCUGUUAGGUGAGCUAUAGUGUGGUUGUUUGUUCACAUACAGAUGUAAGAAACCAUACUUGAGAUAUUCCAUGAAUUCAUCCUCCACACAACUAAUAAUCUGGUUAGCCCAGUCUCCACAUAGGUUAAAAUCUCCCAUGAGUAUUGCAUAAUCCUUAUUAAAUGCAUUUCUAAAUUCCUAGCAGGUACUAUGCUCAGUGUUAUUACUAUUUGGGGGAUUAUUUUCAGCUACCACCAAUGUUUUCAGCUCCUUGCAAUUUUUUUUAGGUCGUCUCUUCCCCCCCCCCCCCCACUGCUGCUUGUUGAGAUCCCUCCUUUAUCCAUUAUAUCAGGAUUGCCCUUCCUAGUUCUCAAUUUUCUUCUUUUUUAGAUAUCCUGUUGUGAGGGAGAAAACACUGCUGGAAAAACUCAAUCGGUCAAGCAGCUUCUGUAAAGGCAAAAUGAUAUUAGAUGUUUGGGGUUGAGCCAAAAUAUCAAGUCUCUCUUUGCCUCCAAUGAUGCUGUUUGACCACUUGAGUCUUUGAACAGUUUAUUUUUGCUCCAGAUCCCAGUAGCUGUAGUCCAUUAAAUAUACUCUUAACGUUUAUUUCACAAAUUUGGUUACUUUGUCAUCACAGUUUGCAAUGUUUUUUCGAACCUAUUUAUUUCUGUUUGUGCUAUAAAUUCAACUAUCUUCUGAAUGCUGCACACAUUCGGAUGAACAGCAAUUAUAUUGGUCUUUGUUCAUUUUUUUUCCUGCUGCCUCUAAUUGGUUGUACAUGGUUGUCUUUGUAUAUAUUGCCCUUUCCUAAGUAGACUUUGUUUUACCAUGAAAAUUAAAAAUCAUGGUAGAUGCUGGAAAUCUGAAAUAAAAGCAGAAAGUGCUAGGAUCGCAAACAACAGGAAUUCUGCAGAUGCUGGAAAUUCAAGCAACACACAUAAAAGCUGCUGGUGAACGCAGCAGUCCUGACGAAGGGUCUCGGCCUGAAACGUCGACUGCACCUCUUCCUAGAGAUGCUGCCUGGCCUGCUGCGUUCACCAGCAACUUUUAUGUGAAGUGCUAGGAUCACUUAGUGGGUCAGAAACCAUUUGCAAAAAGAGAAAUGGUUAAAUUUUUCAGGUUGUAUAUCCUUUGCUGGAACUGGGAAAGGGAGAGCGAAUUGAUUUUGUGUUGUAGAGGUUGUGAAAUCUCACUCUAUCUGAGAGAUUCCCUUUGUCAUAUCUAUGCCCUCUGAAACCUGGCUGCUGAGUACAGCAUUUUAAGACCAUAAGAUAUAGGAGCAGAAUUCGGCCAUUUCGCCCAUUGAGUCUGCUCCGCCAUUUCAUCAUGACUGAUCCAUUUUUCCUCCCAACCCCUGUCUCCUGCCUUCUCCCCUUAUUAUUUUCACCUGUGUUAUUCUGAAAGAUCACUUUGUCUUUUCUCUAUUUAACUUGAACACUUUGAACUGACAGGGAGGGCAAGCAUUUCAUAGUACCCUCACAUUUCCACCAGCUGGCUGAGCAAUCUGCUAACAGUCAAGGAAAAAUCUAGGUUGACUAUUGGGAAAGUAAAUUUGGAAAAACAAACGUCACUAGCUGUGUUACUGUAUGAUUCCUUUAUAGAAAUUCAAUUAUAUUUGAAUGAGUGUAGUAUUUAAUAAGUAUGUGUACACUAUUUUUGUUUCCCCAUGUUGUAACAAAGUUCUGUUUGCUGCAGUAUGUUAAGAAAGCACUUUUCCUGUAAUCCAAUAAUUUUUGGAUGAAGAACUUUCAGGCUAUUGGUAAAAGAAGGAAGUUAAAUAUUUGUAAAUUAAAGCCAGUUUUGGUCACAAUUGUUACGUGUUAAACAGACUUGAGCUUCUAUUUAUUGGACAUAGAGAUAGGAAAUCUGGCACAUUUAAUCUGUUCCUAUUCCUUUCCAAGUCUAUACAUUUUUCAGAAACACAAGAAAAUCUGCAGAUGUUGGAAAUUCAAAGCAACACACAGAAAGUCCUGGAGGAACUCAGCAGGUUAGGCAGCAUCAAUGGAAAAGAGUAAACAGCCUGACCUGCGGAGCUCCUCCAGCAUUUUGUGUGUGUGUUGCUCUACAUACUUUUUUAUGCUUAAUCAAAUCCAAGAAUUAAGAUCAGUGAUAAUAUUGCUCCUGGUUGUAUCAUGUUGAAUGUGACAUGUGAGUUUGUAAAUUUAUCAAUAAAUAAAAAGAAUGUAGCUCAUUAUUUGAAAAAUAAUUUGUUUAAAGGCAUUUAGAAGACUUGGUUGAGGCCAUUUGAGGAAAUGAAACCCAUUGUUUGGCAUUGCUCUGCCACUGAACCAAAUUGUAUUGCAUAUUUGAUCAUCUUUGUUCAUGGCAAUUUUCAUAUGAUGGACUUAGCCAAUAGAUGGUGGUUCGUGUGUUAUUACAGUGAAAAUAAGCAAUUCUGAAAUACUGUACAGAUAUUGUCUGCAGUGUUAAAUCUGCAGAUGUUUUAAGUGUUUUGCCACUAGGUGGUGGAAACACAUUAAUUAUCACCAUUUUCAUAUGAAGAUGCUGAGUACCUGUAUAUUUAAAUUGUAGAACAUCGCAUAGCUAUGAUACUUUGGUAGUUUCUCAAAUUUGGGAGAGGAGCUCAAGAGUAAACCAUAAUACUUGCGAUGGUUAAUUUUCUGACUUGAUUGCUGUCAUAUCUACUUCAUAUUUGUAUUUAUUUCAUGUUAUCAUAGUGAAAUAAUUGCUUUGAAGUUCAAGCUCUUCUGUUUUUCCAAACUGAACAGUCAUUUUUCUUGUUGAUGUCAGAUUUAUUUUCUGACAGUGUAGUAAGAAUCCUAGUAGUAUCUGAAAAUUCUUUUAAAAAUCUAGUUAUAUUUUAGCUGGCGAUGAAUCCUCACAGACAUUUUGAUGACUUGAUAAUUGUGCAUCUGUUUGGUGAUAAUUUCCUCAUUUGUACUACACAUUGCACUUGGGUCUGAAAGGCAGUGAAAUUGUAGAUGAUUUCACAUUGAAAUAUGAAUUGAAAAUUUAGUUACUGUAUAACCAUGAACAGCAAAUAUUUAUAUAUUUGAAAACCUCGCCCUUUGUGUUCUCUUUAAAUAUUUACAUGAGCUCAACAAUUGAAUAAAUAGUCUGGGGUCAUUAUUUUACUUCAAAUGUGUUUAUCAGUAAUUAUCAAGUUUUGAUUGCAUGCACUUGUGCAAUAAACUUAAACGUUAUUAGAUAUGGUAGGGCAGUGAACGAGGAAACUGGGUUAGAGUGUGCAUUUUAAAGUACAACUCUCAAAUUUAAUAUUUGGAUAAUUGUUAGUUGGGCACGUUUAUUGAAUAUUGGAUCAGGGACCAGUACAAAUAAGUGAGAAAAUUAUUGUUUUUUUUCCUCCAGGGGUAUUCUUGGGAUUCCUUGUAGCAUCUCUGCAGUGGAUUUGGAAAGUUGCCAUUAUUUAGCACCUCUUGUAAUUGAUAUACUGUUGAAAAUUGCUUCCCAAUUCAGUUUGAAGUUCAAAGUAAAUUUAUUAUCAAAUUUAAUCUAUGUCAGCAUAUACAACCCUGAGAUUAGUUUUCUCGCAGGCAUACUCAAUAAAUGAGUAUUAUUCAUUUACUAAUAGGAUCAAUGAAAGGAUAGGAUCAAUGAAAGAGGAUCAAUGAAAGCACACUCAAAAGGAUGGACAACUAAUGUGCAAAAGACAACAAACUGCAAAUACAUAAAGAAAGGAAAAUAAAUAAGUAAGCAAUAAAUGUGGAAAACAUGAGAUGAAGAGUCCUUGAAAUUUAUUCAUAGGUUGUGGGAACAGUUCGGUGAUGGGGAAGUGAAGUUGUCCUCUCUGGUUCAAGAGCCUGAUGGCUGAUGGGUAAAACUGUGGGUCCUGAGGCCUCUGUACCACCUUCCUAAUGGCAGCAGCGAGAAGAGAGCAUCACCUGGGUGGUGGGGGUCCCUGAUAAUGGAUGUUUUCCUGUGACAAUGUUCUGUGUGGAUGAACUCAGUGGUGGAGAGAGCUUUAUCCGUGAUGGACUGGGUUGUAUUCACUACUUUUUGUAGGAUUUUCCAAUCGAGGGCAUUGGUGUUUCCAUACCAGGCUGUGAUGCAACCGGUCAGCAUACUCUCCACCACACAUUUAUAGAGGUUUUUCAAAGUUGCAGAUGUGCAGAAUCUUUACAAAUUUCAAGAUUAGGUUCUGAUAGGCAAUUGGACAUCUGUCAACAAUUCCUCAUUAAUUUGCAACCACACUGUCUAUAGUUUGUCACAAACUCCUUGCUCCAGUACACUGACCUCAUGCUAUUCAAUGUUAGUUGGAACAUGAAAAAGGCUGUGUUCAGCCCUUUGUACAUGCACUGAUGAGUAAAAUUUUCUUUGUUUCAUCAGAUGGUUCAUGUGAAAUCCUGUAGCACCAUCUCUCAAUGAUAUUCUAUUUUAGAAUGGUUUCAUCAUUGUCUCCAAAAAAAAAAGCAGAAAAAAAGGUCAAAAAAACCACCACCUUGUUGACUGGUAUCUCGAGUAAAGAAUUGUAUGGAUAAUGUUAUUCAAAUUUAUUUUCUCCUUAUCCUGCCUG